GAAUCAGGUAUUGGCACGGGAGAUUUAGGCUGAGCAACUGCCCCAGCAAACUUCCAAUCGCACGACUCCACCUCCGCCCGUAACAAAUAUUCCGUAAGCUCAGCCCGUAAGUGUAGGAUUAUUGGCUAGAAGCUCGGUUCAGAUGUAAGGUGUGAAGUAUGUGAUUAGCUGAUGCUAUCUCCUUUCUCUUGGAUCCCCUCUUGUCUCUCUCCCCAACCCCUAGAACUCUGAAAUAUUUGAACCAAAGUUGUAUCAGAUCUGGUUGUAUCGUAGAGGGAUCGUAACAAUCUGGUAUCAGAGCCAUCACCACAUACCACCAAUUUUUUCUCCCGUUCCCCAUCACUCUGGCCGGGAGAUUUCCUUCUAUCAUCCUCACUAGGAAGGGAAAGGUGGCGGCGAUGGAGGAGCAGUCCAAGUUGCUCGCGGACCUGGCGGUGGCGGUAUCGUCUAUCAAUGCCAAGCUCUCGGAGAUGCACCCGGCGGUGCUCGAUCUGCACACAUGGCGGCCGAACAUGGAGCGCUCGGUCGAAUCCCUGCGCGCGGAGGUGGGCGACCUGAGAUCGCGCGUCAUCGACCUCACAAGGCCCUCGUCGUCUUCGACAAUACCACGAGGAGAUCUACCUCCACUUCUUCAGCUCUCGACGGACGCAUCUGCUUUGAAUCCUCCGAAGCCUGCGGUGCCCGGUAAGGAGGAGCACGCGGUGGGACUCGGUGGCGACGGCCACGGGCAAAUCGGCCACCGCGACGCAUCGAACCAUCGGGGUGACCACUCCGCGGAUCACUCGAUCCCGGGCGGAACCCCGGCCAAGGGUACGUACCAGAUCCCUGGCCCAGGUUAUGAUCCGUCAGAAUUUGCUCGUAGUUGGGGUUCUCAUUACCAUAGUUUCCCACGACCGCCACGCGUUGAUUUUCCACUGUUCGACGGGGAUAAUCCGCGCGCCUGGCGUCUCAAGUGCGAGGCGUACUUUCAGGUGUGCUCAAUGCACCCUGAUACUUGGGUCAACUGUGCUGCUAUGUACUUCAUAGAUGGAGCCCUGUCCUGGCUGCAGUCAUCGGAAGCGCACUUGCGUUUGCCGUUGUGGAAGGAUUUUGCUAAGGCCAUUUGUGCUCAGUUUGGCAGAGCAGAUUUCCAAUUGUACCUGCGCCAGUUUAACAAGCUUAAACAAACUGGAACAGUAGCUGAAUACACUAGCAAGUUUAACGAACUCAUGCACAACUUGACUGCUCAUCAUAAUUCAUGGGAACCAGCAUAUUUUGUUACACACUUUAUAGAUGGUUUACAUCGUGAUAUCCGAGCUGCUGUAAUUUUACAUCAACCUGUCGAUCUCGAUACUGCCGUGGAUCUUGCCUUGUUGCAGGAGGGAGUUCUGGAAUCUUAUAAACAAGAGCCCAGGCGCACAGACUUCUCACCCAUGCCACGUGCUCUACCGCGCACAGCGAUGCCGCUACCUACUCCUCCACAGAAUCGGGUGUCUUCGUCAUCACCUUAUCGUUCUGAUGAUCGGCGAAUCAGUGAUGCCCCGAGAAGCCAAUCUUCUGAUGAUAAGGUAGCAGCACUGCGGGCAUAUCGCCGUGCACGUAAUCUCUGCUUUACCUGUGGAGAAAAGUACAAUCGAGAGCAUCGAUGUGGUUCUACUGUCCCUCUUCACAUCGUAGAGGAGCUAUUGGCACUUAUACAGCCAGCAGAGGAGAUAGAGGCGCCGGUGACAUCGGCGUCAAGCGAGCAUGGCAGUCAGCUUAUGCAUUUGUCUCAGGCUGCUGCAGAAGGAGGUCAAGGUGCAACUACCAUGAGGCUGCAAGGAUGGAUUCAGCAACACGAGGUUCUGAUGCUGGUUGACUCGGGGAGUUCUCAUACGUUUGUGAGCUCUGACUUGGCUGAGCGACUGCAGUUUCCUCGCAGCGCCACUCGGCCUCUUCGUGUCAAGGUUGCUAAUGGAGGGAUCAUGUAUUGUGGAACUGAAUUGGCUGAUUGUGAAUGGUGGACGCAGGGGUACCAAUUCAGGAAUAAUUUCAAGAUCCUCCCGCUGGGUUCAUAUGACAUCAUCUUGGGGUAUGAUUGGCUUACAGAGCAUAGCCCUAUGAACGUUGAUUGGGUGGCUCAAACUAUGUCCUUCACACAAGGCUGUACCGAGGUUAAACUGAUAGGUGUACAGCCAGAUGUCACUAAAUGCCCGCUAUUGACACAAUAUCAGCUUCAUUCUCUGAUUGAGAAGUCCAGGGUAUCACGCAGUCGAUGA